AUGACGGUGAAAUAACAGGAAAUACACAAGCCACAACGCUACGUCACAUGACCGGAUAGCUUGGCAACAAAACACUUCUCAUCAAUGCUGAAACAUGCCUUAUGAACUAAUUGGCCUUUGGUAUUUUCAUUUUAACGUUUAAACGUUAUGUAAAAGAGUGCGUUUGUUAAUUAUAUUAUUGUACAGAGAUUAUACAUGAAAUUCCUCCAAUGGCAGGCAGAUUGUUUAACCCAAGACGCGACCUACAAAGUUCGAAUUCAAACACCGGACCUUCUAUCUUUAUAAACAAACUUGUACCUACUAAAUUUGUUCGCUGUAUUGUCAAAUUGCUUGACGACUCUCAUUUCGAAGUGGAGAUUGAGAGCAACUCAAGUGGUGGCAUGCUUUUCAAAAGGAUAAUUAAUGAGCUAAAUCUGGCUGAACCAGAUUACUUUGGUUUGAAAUUUUAUCGCAAUUCCACAGCAAAGUUUGAAUGGUUAGAACAUGACAGGAUAAUAAGAAAACAGUUACGAGGACAAGGACCGCCAUACAAUUUGGCGUUUGGCGUACGAUUUUUCCCAACAGAGCCAUCAAAAGUUGCUGAAGAUUUAACAAGGUAUCAUAUGUUUUUGAGCAUAAAAAAGGAUCUAAACAAUGGAAGAUUAUCAUGUCCUGAAGACACUGCUGCUCAACUAUCCUCAUUGAUAGUUCAAUCUGAAAAUGGAGAUUAUCAUCCAGAUAACAUGCUAGAUCAAUACAUUAGUGACUACCAAUUUGUACCCAAACAGACAAAUGAAUUUGAAGAACGAGUUUUCUAUUAUCAUAAAAAACAAAUAGGACUGAGCCCAGCGAAAGCAGAGUUGAAAUUUUUGGAAAUAGCCAAGCGAUUAGAAAUUUAUGGUUCAGAGGUACAAAAAGCAAAGGACUCCGAGGGCUGUAAUAUUGAAGUUUAUGUUUGUUCUGAAGGAAUCAAGGUUUUUCGUGAUCACACACGGCUUAAUAUUUUCAUUUGGUCAAGAAUUGAAAAAAUAUCAUUUAAUAGGAAAUAUUUUAGAAUCCAGCUCUUGCCUGACGUUGACAGGAAUCAUUCUUCAUUGAAAACGAUUGUUGAAUUCAUUAUGUCUUCGUUGGCGAGCUGUAAAUGUUUAUGGAAAAAUGCAGUGGCACAUCACACAUUUUAUAGACAGAAUUAUCGACAACGACUGAGGGAAAGACCAAAACUUAUUCGAUUCGGAUCUACUUACAAGUACAGAGGUAGAACUGAAUUUCAAGCUGUUGAAGCAGGAAAACGAAGCGUUCGAAAAGAAAUACCCUUUCAAAGAACAAGCUUAAGACGAAAUUCAACUAGAUCAUUCGGUUCCAGUACGUUUUAUAUUGACGUUGAUUCAGAUGUUGCAUCCAUGUCGACAACGCAAGGAAGCUAUGAUGCAAUGCAUCGAUCAGAUAACGAAUUUAAGUCUCCGAGUAGUCUAUCACCUGCUCGCAGGCAUGUGACUGAGAUGAAUGGUAUACUCAACGAUGAAGGUCUACUUGACGUCAGUGUGAAACCGAACAAUAAUGGUCAAUUUGGAUUAAACUUUAAGGGGGGUGCUGACCAAAAUUUGAAACCAAUCAUAACUCAAAUUGCUCAGAAUUCUCCGGCCAGCAUGUGUGACCCACAAUUGCAAGAAGGUGAUGAAAUUGUUUAUAUUAAUGGAAGAAAAGCUGAACAGCUGUCUCAUGAGCAGAUAUGUUGUCUUAUCCGUUCUAUUGGCCAAUCUGCAACGAACAGAACCUUAACGCUUUCAGUGCGACCUUUCGGAAGCAUUGAAAACCACGAAAUAACGAAUUCAGAGAAGAAACACUCUUUGACUUAUGGAAUAUCUUCACAGUUGCUCAUGUCAAUGGGAAAAAUUAAACAGGGAUUAGAAAAUGGUGACUUAUUGGAAUUUUAUGUUGAUAUGCCCAAGAAGAAGCUUGAAUUUUCAACAGAAAUCGCUCAUCUGCCAAGAAAUAAAACAAAGAACAGAUAUCGUGAUAUACUACCAUAUGAUUACAACAGAGUUGUGAUAAAUAGAGAAAAUGACUAUAUUAACGCCAGUCAUAUUCAGAUGGAUAUAGGUUAUUCAGGAAUGAAAAAUGAAUAUUUAGCUGCACAAGGCCCUCUCUCAGACACUUGUGGUGAUUUCUGGCAAAUGAUAUGGGACCAAGACGUAAGUGUGAUUGUCAUGUUGACAACGACCAUGGAAAAUGGAAAGGCAAAAUGUCAUCAGUAUUGGCCUGAAUGCGGAGAACAUUUUGAAAUUGGUAACUUCGAGGUGUCGCCUUUGUCAUCACGUGAUUAUUCGCCCUCCUACAUUUAUCGUGAACUGAUUGUAGCUGAUCUUGAGACUGAUGAAGAAAGGAGUAUCCAACAUUUACAGUUCAUUGCGUGGCCAGAUCAUGGUGUACCUGAGGAUUCUCGAAGUUUUUUAAAGUUUGUCAACGAGGUUCGUCGGUACCGAUCGACAACUUCACGCCCGAUUGCUAUUCAUUGUAGCGCUGGUGUUGGACGAACUGGCGUCUUCAUUGCUGUGGAAACUGCUUGUUGCUUGAUUGAAGCGGGAGUACCAUUAUCUCCUGAAGAGAUGUUAGAUACUCUACGAUGUCAACGGCCAUCACUUAUUCAGACACCAGGGCAAUUCAAGUUUACAUGCGAAACGUUUUUGGAUAUUUAUCAAGAACAUUUUCUGAAAACUCAAUCAAUGAACAGCAACUGAAACCAAGAUUUACGCCAAGAAAAGGAAGAGGUUUCAACUAUGUCCACGUGCUGUGCUUUUCAUCGUUGUAAAGUGCUUGAGUUGUAUAUAUGAUGGCAAGUGGAGUCACAACGAAGCAAAAAUUUCAUUGGAUAACAUGCACUUUCUAUUCAAAGUUCACGAUGGAACUUAACUCGAAUGUAUGGUGUUUUGCAAGCUGUAAGCAGUAAGCUCCAUACGUCUAGAUUUAUGAAAAAGCUGGUGGGAUUAAAACACUUCAAAUCAACACUUUUUAUUUGAAAGGUUUCUUUUUUUGUGCCGUAUUGAGCAGUAGGAAUAGGAAAAAAUGGUCUAUUUAUUUAAACUUGAAGAAACCUGAAACAGAAUUUGCAAUAAUUCUUAGCCCCUAGAGGCUCGCAUUCUGACAAAAGUAUGCUACCUCAAACGAAGGAUCUGCGUUACAGAACAAGAGCUGUGUAUUAUGGUCGUUUGCUUUUUAUCAAAUAGCUAUGGCAUCAAAAUUAAGUUUCAUCAGGUUGCAUGACGAAGAAUAUGAAUUUUAUUACUUAAAUUAAAAAUAUUAUUUUAAUUGAUUUAGUAGAUAAAUUAAUUCUAGAAAUUUAAUGUAGCAAUCAAGAAUUAUUGUAGUAAAUUUUAAUAUAUAAGUGUCAUAAUAUAUUGAUUUUUAAAUGCAAA